UGGAAACCUUCGGAUGCGGCUGUUUUGAAACGUUGCGUUACAUUAUGGAUUAUACCUCUACAAUGGGUGCAACAAACUACAAUGGAUUGGACAAUAAAGAUGAAAUAUUAUCUACAUUAGAGAAGUUAUCUAAGAGUGAACUUGAAGCUUUGUUAUCUGAUUAUGAAGGAAUUAAAAAGCUAGCUAAAAAUAGUCCAGAGAUUAGAAAAAUUGAAGCUGACAAAGAAGUAUGUAUGAAUGAAAACAGACGUCAGGCUGAGGCGAAUCUAGCUUUAGAGCCAACAUUUAAUAUGAAGAAAACUGAACUAGUUGAAACUUAUGCCACUUAUAGGCAACUAGAAAUUCAAUAUAUGAAGAUUAAAUCAGAAGUUGAUAGUAUCGGUGCCAAAUACUCUCCCAGUGUAAUUCUCGCCCUCCUACAAACCGCUAAUGCAGAGUCUGAAGAACAAUCAGAAGAAUUAGCCAAUCGGUUUCUUGACAAGUCAAUGGAUGUUGACACAUUCUUGAAAGAAUUUAUUCCCCUGCGUAAAUUGUGUAAUGAACGCAGAUUUAAGUGUGAAAAAUUAUCUGAACAAAUAUCAACUGGUCAAAUAAGUGAACCAAAUUUGCCUAGUACUAAUCAUAUGUCUUAUCUGCCUAAUAUGAUGAAAAUGAUGAAUACAGACUCUUCAGGUAGUACAUCACAACUUUAUCCUUCUUUGUUGUCCUUAAGUAAUAGUAAUAAUAAUAGUAAUAACUAUAGUACAGCAUCCUCUUAUGGAUUUAAUAUAUAGAUAUGUUUACAUAUAUUUGUUUAUCCAUUUCCAGUUUUGAUAAUAUCUUUCUUCUUUCCUCACCAAUCAACCUUACUUUAUAUAUGAUUGACUGACUGACCGUCUUUUCCGUCAGCAUGUUCGCCAAUACAAAAGAAAGAGGUGAAGAGGGUCAACGAUAUUGUUAUUAUAACGACUGUCUUAACUGUUCAGAUGGUGUUUGCUCUUAAUACAGAAAUAGCCAAAAAGCUUGAAAGUGUUAUAAACAAGGUUUUCUUUCUCCUUUUAUCUUCUAGUUAUUCAGUCGUCUUUCUUUUAUCCACACUGUAUUUAAGUCCACAUAUUGUAAAAAACAAACAAACAAACAAAUGGUUGAACAGUUUAGUUAAUCCUUUUUUCUUCUUCCUUAGUUACUGUCCCAUAAUUUCAGAGGCAUCAGCAAAUUUUUGUAUAUCUUUAAUAGCCGCCUAAAAGCAGUUUACAAUCUUAUCCAGUUUUAAGUAAACCUUGAAUAAUUAACUAGAGGACAAACCUUUGUUGUCUACCAAGAACUGAGAUUAUCUAAAGCCGUCAAAGGGGGAAAUGUUUCGAAUUUGAGGACAAAAUCUUUAUGGUCAACCAACCAGCUUUCAAAUCUAUAUAUAUUUGUACAAUUUUGAUGAUAUAUAGUUACAAAAUUUACUUUAAUUUCUAUGAUUUUAUUUUGUUCCAAUAAUUAUGUGCGGAACAAUUUAUUAUUGUUGUGUACAUUUAAAAAAAAUUCCCCUGAGAAGUGUCAAGAGUUCUGAUCUGCCUGUGUAUUUCUGAAUUUAGAUAAUUUAUUUACACCCUUUUUGUUUAUUUUUCGGUUUUUGUUGUUUAACUUUGUGUUAGGUUUGGAUAAAGAUUUUACGAGAGAAAAAAUUGAUCACAAAGAGAAGUUUGUAAAUAAUUUUACCAUUUGAUGAAUUUUU